GAUCUCCGCCCUCAGGACCUUGGGCAACACUGAAGAGGUCAGUCCUUGGGAGGCUGAUCUCCGCCCUCAGGACCUUGGGCAACACUGAAGAGGUCAGUCCUAGGGAGGCCGAUCUCCGCCCUCAGGACCUUGGGCAACACUGAAGAGGGUCAUGGACAGCAGUGGCGAGCUUGGCGGCGCUGAGGACGAGGCGGCGUGCACAUCUGCCUCCGAAGGUCUGGAGGAGGGUGAGGUGGAGGGCGAGACGCUGCUGAUGGUGGAGUCAGAAGACCAGGGCUCUGUGGAUCUGUCACAUGACCAGAGUGGCGACUCUCUCGCCAGCGACUUGGGUGAAGACGCUGCGUGGGCCUGUGAGGACUUGGCCUUCUAUUGCGACCGCUGCCACAAGUGGAUCCCUGCUGCCCGUCUCCAUGGCGACCAGCCCAGCUACCUUAAAGGAGACAACUUCUUCAAGUUUGUGUGUUACGACUGCUCCGAUGACGGCAAGGAGAGCUUCGAGAGGAUGCGCCUCACCUGGCAGCAGGUGGUCAUGCUGGCCAUGUACAAUCUGUCCCUGGAGGGCAGCGGGCGCCAAGGCUACUUCCGCUGGAAGGAGGACAUCUGCGCCUUCAUCGGCCGACACUGGAACUUCCUCCUGGGAUGCAGGAAGAAGACGUCCACGUGGUGGAGCACGGUGGCCGGCUGUCUGUCGGUCGGUAGUCCCGCCUUCUUCCGCUCAGGUGCGCAGGAGUUCAGCGAGCCGGGUUGGUGGAAGUUGGUCCACAACCGACCUCCGACCCUGCGGCCCGACAGCGACAAGUCCCGCCCUAAGGUCAAAGCGUCCAAAGCGGCGGUGGAGCCCAUCAUCACGGUGGAAGGUCUGAGGAAGCGCGGCGCCAGGAACCCGGUGGAGAGCGCCAUGCAGCUGAAGGAGAAGCGCUCGCGGACUCAGGAGGCCAAAGACAUCCGACGUGCUCAGAAGGAAGCGGGCACGCCAGUCAAGGUGGGCGCGGGGCGCGUCCUGGAGAAAGGCGAGGUGGUGGACUUCUCCUCCCUCAGUUCUUCAGAUAGAACGCCACUGACCAGUCCUUCGCCGUCACCCUCACUGGACUUCUCCGCCCCCGGGACGCCGGCCUCCCACUCGGCCACACCCAGUCUGCUGUCGGAGGCGGACCUCAUCCCGGACGCCAUGCCACCUCAGGCGCUCUUCCACGAUGACGAGGAGAUGGAGGCGGAAGGGAUGAUCGACCCAGGGAUGGAGGACACCCCUCCUCCCGCCACCAUUCUCAUUGGCCGCAAGAAACUCCGCCCAGCGGCGCCUCACAUCAAGCGUGAAGCGGACAGCGAGGACGAGCGUGAGGAGGAACCCGUGGGCCCGCCUUUUUCCAGCGGCGUUAUUGAUGGGUCCCAUCGGAGGAGAGCGGGGCAUUGCGAGAGGAGUGAUGUGGGCGGCGCCCCCCGCAGCUCCCUCUACUCGCCCCUCAGUCUAUAUGAGGAGAGGAUGCUCCGGCGGCGUUUGGACACCUGCCCUUUGGCGCUCGCUGUCACGCCGCAGGCCAAACGCCUCUGCCGCAAGCUGCUGCUCCGCCAGGCCAAGAGGCAGCGAGGGCUCCCCCUGCUGGACAUUGACCGGGCCGUCAGCUCCGCCCUCAGCCUGGUGGGAGGAGUCUACAGAGCUCUGGAGGUGGGCGGCGGUCAAUUUGCCACCAACAGCCAGGAGCUGCGGGUCCUAGACCGCUUCCAGGUGAAGGGGUCCGCUGGGAGGGGCUUACCUGUGUCGCAGGUGUCCUUCUGCUAUCGACUGAUGGGAGCAGCUGGCGCUUUGGAGCAAAGCAUCAGGAGCCCUUACACGUCCCGCCUCCUCAAACCCUACAUCAGGCGCGAUUACGAGAGUCGGCCGCUGAAGAUGAGGCUGCUGGCCGAGAUCCGAGCGCGCAGGAAAGACCGCCCCCCUGAAGCCGACGCCCCCAUCGACUACUGCUACGUGCGGCCCGACCACAUCCCCGCCGUCAACGCCAUGUGUCACCAGCACUUCUGGCCAGGAGCCGACCUGUCGGAGUGCCUGCAGUACCCGGACUUCAGCGUGGUGGUCCUCUACAAGAAGGUGGUGGUGGGCUUCGGCUUCAUGGUGCCAGACGUCAAGUACAACCAGGCCUACAUCUCCUUCCUGCUGGUGCACCCCGAGUGGCGGCGAGCGGGCAUCGGCACCUUCAUCAUCUACCACCUCAUUCAGACCUGCAUGGGCAAGGACGUGACGCUGCACGUGUCCGCCAGCAACGCCGCCAUGUUGCUCUACCAGAAGUUUGGCUUCAAGGCCGAGGAGUACAUCCUGGACUUUUACGACAAGUACUACCCGCUGGACAGCGCCGAGUGUCGCCACGCCUUUUUUCUACGCCUGCGCCGCUGAGUAAGUCGGGUGUUCUUUGAACAAUAAAGAUGAGAUAAGAA